AUGGCGGCAGUGGUGGGUGAGAGUGCUGGGCUCCUGCUGGGUGCAGGCGUCCGGGACCGCGACUGGGGAGUGGCCAGCAUCGACGUGGUGGAGAACGAAGAGGCCAGCGCGAGUGUCGUUGUUAGGAUGACAGACUCGUUCACCGAGCAGGCUGACCAGGUGACCGCUGAGGUUGGAAAGCUCCUGGGCGAAGAGAAGGUGGAUGCAAUCCUUUGUGUGGCUGGAGGCUGGGCCGGGGGCAAUGCCAAGUCCAUGUCUCUCUUCAAAAACUGUGACCUCAUGUGGAAGCAGAGCAUGUGGACGUCCGCCAUCUCCAGCCACCUGGCCACCAAGCACCCCCAGGAAGGAGGCCUCCUGACCUUGGCGGGUGCCAAGGCCGCCCUGGACGGGACUCCUGGGAUGAUCGGCUAUGGCAUGGCCAAGGGCGCGGCCCAUCAGCUCUGCCAGAGCCUCGUGGGGAAGAACAGCGGCAUGCUGCCCGGCUGCGCCAUCGCGGUGCUCCCCAUUACCCUCCACACCCCGAUGAACAGGAAGUCCACGCCCGAGGCCGGCUCCGGCUCCUGGACACCCUUGGAGUUCCUCGUGGAAACCUUCCAUGACUGGAUCGCAGAGAAAAACCGGCCAAGCGCAGGGAGCCUAAUCCAGGUGGUGACGGAGGGAAACACAGAACUUACCCCACAUUUCACAACUCAGGCAGAAGAGGAGUUAAACUAUGGUAGUGAGGGAAGUAGCAGAGCAAAAGUCACCGGCGAUUUCUUGGAACUAUUUCUGCCUAAGCAGUUAUCGUUUCUCAAGCCCCCUGAAAGCGAGCCAAAAGCCAUCUGCAUAAGUAGCGACAGGCUGAGCAGCCAGCAUUGGGCAUUCCAGUCUUUGAGCAUAGAUGCUGAGCAGAUUUUACAGUUAGGUCUUUAA